AGGUACCAUCUUGAAGCCACCACCUGACACCAAGUGUAAAACCCCUAUCGAUACCACUUUUUUUCCCAUCUUCCCUUUCAAUCCGUUUCACAGAAUGACCUCCGCUACUGCUAAACCCAAGGUGCUUAUGUUGGGCACCGUCACGUGGGCGCACGACGCGUGGACGCAGCUCGGUGCGGUUGCAGACGUGGUGCACGUGGACUCUGUAGACCGCGAGCAGUUCAUCCGGGACUUGCAGGGCAAGUACAGCGACGCGGUCGUGAUCAGCAGAACGUUCAACUCGGUCGAGCAGACCGGGCGCUUUGAUGCGGAGAUGGCAGCUGCACUCCCAGCCUCCAUUAAGGCUGUGUGCCACAACGGCGCGGGCUACGACCAGAUCGACGUCGAGCCGCUCACCAAGCGCGGCAUCCAGGUAUCAAACGUUCCAGCCGCCGUGGAUUCCGCCACCGCGCUCACCAAUGUGUACUUGAUCAUGUCGUGCUUGCGUAACUAUCAGUUCGGGCACCAGCAGCUCUUGAAGGGCGAGUUCAAGACGGGUGUGCCCGUAGGCCGUGAUCCGGAAUCGUGUGUAGUCGGGAUAUUGGGUAUGGGCGGCAUCGGACGCAGCGUCCUUAGAAAGUUGAAGGGCUUGUGUCCGAAGAAGAUUGUCUACCACAACCGUAGCCGUUUGGCGGCCGAGUUGGAGGACGGGGCCGAGUAUGUUGCCUCCUUCGAGGCUUUCUUAGCCCAGUGUGACGUGAUCUCCAUCAACUGCCCAUUGAACGAGCACACUCGCCACUUGAUCAACAAGCUGACCAUCGCACAGAUGAAGGAUGGCGUGGUCAUUGUCAACACCGCCAGAGGUGCUGUCAUCAAUGAGAGCGAUUUGAUUGUCGCGUUGAAGAGCGGCAAGGUUGGUGCUGCCGGCUUGGACGUGUUUGAGUUCGAGCCAGAGGUGCCACGUGAGUUGUUGGAAUUGCCAACCGUCUCGGCUGUGCCACACAUGGGAACCCACACUCGCGAGACCCAGCAAGCGAUGGAAGAGGUUGUGGUGGCGAACGUGGCCCUGGUUUUGGCCACGGGCAGCGUCAAGACGAUUGUGUUUGAGCAGAAGGAUAAGUUUUGAAAUGCAAACGUCCCAGCGGAACGUGAAAUAGCGGAGAGAGAUAGUGAAGCAAGGCUUUGCUAACCAAGCUUCAGUGAUUGUAUGACCGAAGUUGGAUCGUACACUCGUUUUAGUUUACAAACGUUUGAUACAUAUUGGAGGGCGCCUUGUGAUUUCUCGGUACCCUUUACAUGCAUUUUAUGAUAUUAUAAUUUAAAUGACUAAA